CAUGACACCAAGCAUGACCUAGCAGGGUGUGCUAUGAUUGAUCAUCGUCGCGGAGGAUGUCUUCUUCAUCAAUCCAUGCUCAGGAGGCUAAAAUCCGAGGGUCUCAAAAGCUGCCGCGGGGUUGGCGGGGCGUCGGUUUUUGCCAGUCAAAGCUCGUGGUUGUAUCAUGAUUGGGUCAUGACCAGGUCUGGGCGGCGAUGGCUGCAUUAUUCAGGCCGGCAAUGGGCAUGGGUGGCAACGGCUCCCGUCAGGUAACAACGGUGCGCGAAUUGGAAUUGCAACGGAAGCCACAAUUCGACUCGCAACACAGAGGUCGCUCGGCUGGGUCGGCGACACGCCCUGGUGCUACAACACCAAGCUGCCAAGGAGGGGCAGCGUGGGAGCUCAAUGCCCGCAAAAAAAGCUCCUGCGCGGAGGCGACCCCCAAAAAAAGUGACCCCACCUCGGAGCCAGAAACGGUGCCAAAACGCCUCAACGUAGGUGCGUCUCAACAGUACCCGGCCAUAAAACCUGGAGACCAGACAUCACCUUUCUCUCGGCCCUCUCGCCGAACUCUCCUCUCCCCACUGUCCACCCAUCCUCCCCAAAUCUGUCCGGUCUCUGAGGAAGAGGCUACCCCUACCGCAACACCUGCCAGACAACCUUGACCAGCAAUCAUGGGCUUCACCGAGACGGACAAGCUCUCCAUCAACACCAUCCGUGUUCUUGCUGCGGAUGCUACUGCCAAUGCGAACUCGGGCCACCCCGGUGCGCCAAUGGGCAUGGCGCCCGUCGCCCACGUCGUCUGGGACAAGUUCAUGAGGUUUAACCCCAAGAACCCCAAGUGGCUGAACCGCGAUCGUUUCGUGCUGUCCAACGGCCACGGUUGCAUGCUCCAAUAUGCUCUGCUGCACCUGUUCGGCUUUGCCGUCUCCAUGGACGAUCUGAAGAAGUUCCGCCAAGUCGACAGCAUUACCCCUGGCCACCCCGAGGCCCACGACACCCCCGGCAUUGAGGUGACCACUGGCCCCCUGGGUCAGGGUAUCUGCAAUGCCGUCGGUCUGGCUAUUGCGCAGGCGCAUACCGCCGCCACCUUCAACAAGGACGGCUUCAACCUGAUCGACAACUACACAUACUGCUUCCUCGGCGAUGGCUGCCUGAUGGAGGGUGUCUCCAGCGAGGCCUGCUCCCUGGCUGGCCACCUCCAGCUUGGCAACCUGAUUGCCAUCUGGGAUGACAACCACAUCUCGAUCGACGGUGAUACCAACCUGGCUUUCACCGAGGACGUUGCCAAGCGCUACGAGUCGUACGGCUGGCACAUUGAGGUUGUCAAUGAUGGCGAUAACGAUCUGGCCGGCAUCGAGGCUGCCAUCAAGAAGUGCCAAGAGGUCAAGGACAAGCCGUCCCUGAUCCAGCUGAAGACCAUCAUCGGCUUCGGCUCCAAGCAGCAGGGCACCCACGGCGUCCACGGCUCGCCCCUUAAGGCCGAUGACAUCAAGCAGCUGAAGCAGAAGUUUGGCUUCAACCCCGAGCAGAGCUUUGUCGUUCCUCAGGAGGUCUAUGACCAGUACAACAAGAAGGCCACUGCGGGCGCUGCUGCCGAGGAGGAGUGGAACAAGCUCUUUGCCAAGUACGGCGAGAAGUACAAGGCCGAGCACGCCGACCUGACCCGGCGCCUGAAGGGCGAUCUGCCCGAGGGCUGGGAGAAGAACCUCCCCACUUACACUCCUUCCGACGCCGCUGUCGCCUCGCGCAAGCUGUCUGAGACCGUCCUGACCAAGAUCGAGGCCGCCAUUCCCGAGCUCGUUGGCGGCUCGGCUGAUCUCACUGGCUCUAACCUGACGAGGUGGCCGGGCGCUGCUGACUUCCAGCCUCUCGCUCUUGGGCUUGGUAACGCCAGCUAUGCUGGCCGCUACCUGCGCUAUGGUGUGCGUGAGCACGCCAUGGGUGCCAUCAUGAACGGCCUGGCUGCCUACGGUACCAUCAUCCCCUUCGGCGGCACAUUCCUGAACUUCGUCUCGUACGCCGCUGGUGCCGUGCGCCUGUCGGCCCUGUCGCAGGUCCGCGUCAUCUGGGUCGCCACUCACGACUCGAUCGGCCUCGGCGAGGACGGUCCUACCCAUCAGCCCAUCGAGACUCUGGCUCACUUCCGCGCUACCCCCAACUGUAUGGUCUGGCGUCCGGCUGACGGCAACGAGACCAGCGCCGCCUACUACGUCGCACUCACCUCGAAGCACACUCCCAGCAUCAUUGCUCUUUCGCGCCAGAACCUGCCUCAGCUGGAGAGCUCAACGAUCGAGAAGGCUUCCAAGGGCGGCUACGUCGUGCACGAGGCCGAGGGCGCCAACAUCACCCUUGUCUCCACCGGCUCCGAGGUCGGCAUCUGCAUCGACGCUGUCAAGUACCUGGCCGAGAACCACAAGGUCAAGGCCCGUGUCGUCUCCAUCCCGUGUUUCGAGGUCUUUGACGCACAGUCAAAGGAGUACCGCCUCUCGGUCUUGCCCGACGGCAUUCCGUCGCUGUCUGUCGAGGUCAUGAGCACCAUGGGAUGGGAGAGGUAUACCCAUGAGCAGUUCGGCCUGAACCGCUUUGGUGCCUCGGGCCCGUACAAGGAUGUGUACAAGAAGUUCGAGUUCACCCCCGAGGGUAUCUCCAAGCGUGCCGUUGCCACCAUCGACUUCUGGAAGGAUGUGCCCAACAUUCGCUCGCCCAUCAACCGUGCCUUCCAGCAACUCGUCUAGGCUAUUCCACGAACGCUAGAGAAGGACAAGGAUGCGGGCUGAUUGUGAUUUUUUGGAACCGCGCUGAUGACGAUGGUGUUCACGAGUAAAUAGAUCAGACUACAGACUAAAAUAAUCAAAAAGAGAAGUCAAAGCCAA